AUGGCUUCAUCUCCGUGCGGCAACACAAACUUUGAUUCCGGACUGGAAAUCAAAACUCGCUCAGUGGAACAGACCCUGAUCCCUCUGGUGUCUCAGAUAACCACUUUGAUCAACCACAAAGACAAGCCAAAGAAGUCUGAGCGGACCCUGGCUGCCAUUCACCGGGUGGGCCAGGCCGUGAGCGUGGCAGUGGGCCGCUUUGUCGCUGUCGGAGAGGCCAUCGCCGCUGAGAACCAGGAACUCAAAGAUGAAAUGAGCCAAGCUUGUUUUGAGGCUCGCCGGGCAGGGGAUGCUAUAGCCCAGCUGACAGAUGGGGGGUCAGCCGCACCCCCAUCUCAGACCGACGCUCGGGUGACUGUGUUCAGUGACAGGACAGCUAUGGUCAAAGCCGCUCGUCUGCUGCUGUCCUCUGUCACUAAAGUGCUGGUCUUAGCGGAUCGCAUUGUCAUCAAACAGAUUAUAACGUCACGCAAUAAGGUCUUGGUCACUCUGGACCAUCUGGAGAGAGUCAUCACCUUCCAGGAGUUUGUUCAGAUUUUUAGCCAGUUUGGAAACGAAAUGGUUGAAUUUGCCCAUCUGACGGGAGACAGGCAGAACGAUCUAAAGGAUGAGAAGAAGAAAGCCCGGAUGGCUGCAGCUCGGGCCGUGUUGGAGAAAUGCACCAUGAUGCUCCUCACAGCCUCCAAGACCUGCCUGAGGCACCCGGAUUGUGAGUCGGCGCGAAUCAACAAGGACGCAGUCUUUCACCGCAUGCGCUGUGCCCUGGAGCAGGUUAUUGAGAUAGUCACCGAAGCCCGAAGCUGUGGAGACAGCAAGGUCCUGCCCGUAAGCAUCUACAAUGGAAUCAGAGAUUUCAAGUCGCGUGUGGAGUGCCUGCGGGAGAGCCUGUACUCGUGGUCCCCUCAGGACAUGGGCUGUGAGCUGGACGGCCUGGUGGAGCGCAUGGAGGACUUCACAGAUUCCCCCUACACCAGCCACGAGCAGAGGCAGGCCAUCCUCGGCCUGUGCCAGCUGGCACGGCAGGAGGCCCAGCAGCUGCUGCAGUGCUGGAGCGAGGUGCAGUCUGCGCAUGCCAAGCAGCCCCCAGAGGACAUGGAGGUGGCCAUCCUCAAGACAUGUCAGAUCCUCAAUGACCUCAGACGUGAGCUCCAUAAGGCAGCAGUGAGUCGAGCCUCAGACCAGCUCAGGGUUCAGGGCGAGCAGUUGCCCCUGAGAGCGCUCAAAGCUGCAGGAGCUGAAGGAAACCUGGAGGCUGCGGCUGAGUACUCGCGCACUCUCACUGAACAGAAAGAGCAGCUGGUCGAGACUUGUCAACUUCUGUGCCACGUGUCAGGGACUGAGCCGCUGGAGAUAACCUGCAUACAUGCUGAGGAGACCUUCCAUGUGAUUGGUCCACAGAUUAUUUCUGCUGCUCAGACGCUGGCUCUUCACCCGUCCAGUAAGAUCGCAAAAGAGAAUCUGGACGUGUUCUGCGAGGCCUGGGAGUCUCAGCUUUGUGACAUGGCUUUACUCGUCAGGGAGAUCAAUGAUGUUUUUGAAGGCAAGCGAGGAGACAAAAGACCGUAUUUAUCACUUCCCAGGCCCGGGAAGCAUUCGGCAAACCUGAAGACUCCCAAACCUGUCAAGUCGGACACAGAGGAGCAGACGAGUACGGUUAAGCUGGGUCUGGAGCUGCGGCUGCUGUCCUCUGAUGUGGACUCUGAAAUAGAAAAGUGGGACGAUCAGGAGCAUGAGAUUGUGCGACAAAGCCAGGGUCUGGCCAGCAUGGCGUACAACAUGUACCUCUUCACUAGAGGAGAGGGGCUACUAAAAACAACUGCAGACUUUUUCCAUCAGGCUGAGGUUCAGUCUGAAGAGGGUCUCCAGUUGUGCUCAUCUCUUCGUACCUUUGCUGUCCAGUUAGUUGAUGAAGAGAAGUCCACUGUGUUGACGGAGAUGGAGAGACUUGUGGCUUUGUGCCAGCAGCUCCAGAUGGGGGACAAGACUUAUGCACAGGGCAAGACUGCCACCUUCCAGAAGGUGGACACAUGCAUUCAGGCGACCAGAGGCCUGAUGACUGUGGUCCUCUCCUUGCUGCCCUACUGCAAUAAGCUUCACAGAAAGUAUAAGUCAGAGAGGAGCAGCCUGGGUUCUCCUCAAGACUGGAGAGAGAGACAGGACUCAUCUGUCCCAGUCAAAGAGGAAAACGCUCUCAACGGCAAGAAUGGCCCCAAUGGUUUAGGCGUCAGAUCACUGGAACAGCACAUGGCAAACAUCAACCUGCUGGAGACAAAUUAA